AUUGUCGGCCGUUCCACCCCAUGGUAUGAGCGCUUCAAGCACCUGCAGAUGGUCAUCCACAACACCAACCUGGAGAAUCAAGGACUCUACCUUAUCCGGUGGCUCUCACGUGGCGAUGCAAUCAAGAGGCUCUGCAGCAUUCUCGGAGCGGCGAUCGUUGUCCUCAUCGAGUACAACCACAAGCUGGCACCGGUUGUGAAGACGCUGAAAUUUCACUACUACCUGUACUUCCUCGCUGACGUCCUCGCCGAGAUGAACACCCUCAACAGGUUCUUUCAGAGGCGCUCUGUGGACAUCACCCUGGUGUCCCAGGAGGUUGACCGCACGGUCACCUACAUCCGGCACCGUUACAUCGAGUACGGUGCGACAUUCGGGGCGGGGAUGAGCAAGAGGCUGACCAAGUUCCUGCAGCGGCACGCCAACGGCAAGCGCAGCAUCGUCGUCGAUGGCAUGGACAACGACGGAAGUCCCUGCACGCACGCAUUCGAACUCUCGGAGAAGAAGCUACCGGGCCACAAGUGGCAGCAUGUCGGACUGUGAGGACCUUUGCUCUGCGUUCGCCAAAGACAUGGUGGCGAAUGUGGAGCAGAGGCUGUGGGAUCUGAAGUGGAUGG